GCAACUUAUCAAUUGUGUCCGGCAUAAACGGGCUUGUUUGAAGCUUUACAGUAUUACAUAACUGCGGGUGGGAUGAGGCGCCUGCGCGUCCAAUGAACGCACCCUACUAACUAACUCCUGUAGCUGGCUAGUUAGCAGCAGAGUGCCACCCAAGCAGUGUUGUUGUAGAAGCUAACGCCAAGCUAACCAAACCGGCAACGAUAAGGCGUUUACCACUUCAUUAAUUCAGUCUUUUUUCACUAUAUUUAUAUCAAGAACACCACUCCGAGCUCGUGGUAUCACUGCCACGCUCACAUACAAAAGAAAAGUCGAUACGUGUGUAAGCUUUUCAUCUCAUCUACGUAGCCAAAUGCACAUAUAACCACUAUAUAAAGAUGUAGUUUCUCUAUAUAGAUUAUUAUGUGGCUACAACUCGUCAUAAUGUACAACAUUUACAUUCAAGAGAGGAUAAAAUGAAUGACUGGAGGCCCGCGCGCUCGGUCACCGGCUUUUAGCUUGAGAGCGCGUGCUGCAGGAUCCCCCAGCACCUUCCUGUGGGCGACUGCAGCAAAACGCAACUUGGAGCUAGAAAACGCUUCAUGGAGCAUUGUUUUCUUUAAAAAAAAAUAAAAAAAAUACUGCUGCAAGAGACCCACUCAAACAGCCAAAUCUACCAGCUACAGUCCCAGCAGUAGUCGGCUAGUCGAGCUAUCUGGAUGCUGCUGCUUCUGCUGCUCUCGUGACGUGAUGUUACUCAUCGUCCCACACAUUAAUAUGUGGAGGGGACCCUAAAUUUCAGCAUCCUGGAAGUAGAAAGCACAGAAGAUCUGUGUCUCACACCACAGACAGGUGCAGUGUGUAGCCGGGGAAGCACAGAGGAAGGAAGCUCUGGGGAGGAGGGGGUGCGGCAGCGUGCCUCUCCGGCUGUGGAUGUGCUGGGUGGCAACCCCCAGGCUGCACAGAAUGUGGCUGGGGAGUCACCUCGGCAUGCCCCGCAGCCGGUCGCAGCUGCCCCCCGCCCAGUCCCUCCGUUCACCAAUCCGUCCACUGUGCCAUUGCCGGAGAGCAACGACUCAGCAUUCCUUGUCAUGGAGAACACCCCUCCGACCGACUUGCCUGAGACUCUCCCGAUCAGCGGCGAUGCGAAGGUCGGCGCCUCGGAGGAAGUCCCCGCUGAGGAGAGCGUUGCCGAAGUUGUCGGAGUUGCGAGGUCCAUGCCAACAUCCCUCACUGAGGACUGUAGCUCCUCCGCUGAGAUGCAAAGGCUUCCAGCCCCCCUUUGUCCUCCUCUUGCCUCGGAAACACAGAUUGACAGCACAGUGCAAGAGCUGCAAUACGGGUCACAAACUAAUAAAGAGAAAAGCCACUCAGAUAGCCAGACAAGCCAGAUUCAGCCACCUAGAGAAGGUGCUGGACUUGUUGUUAUUACGGGGACAAAGGAGCAACAGUCCGUCACGUUGGAAUAUAAAUCAGAGACUGGAACAAACUUGGAACUUGGCGGAAAAGAGCACACAGGCGGAAAUAUUCUUUCACAACCCCAAUCUCAAAUGUGUUUCACAGCCUCAUCUCCUCCUGUCCCACAAUCAAGUAUUGGUCUUAAAGCCCAAGGCGCCACAGAACACGGGGCUACGAAGCAGUCAGCAGGUGGUCACGAGGACUCAAAAUCGCCUCCACUCCCUUUACCCGUAUCUGACAAUAGUGAGAGAGGACAAACUGACCUGUCAAAACCACAACCUAAAAUCAUCAAGGAGAUCUCAGAUGAUACCAGAGAAAUACAGGAAGCUAUUUCUUUGGAGUCAGUUGAGAUGUCCGAGCAUGUUAAAGAGUUUGUUGACACUUCUCACAAAGCAACACAACCUCCCUCAGCUGAAAUACUUGAGACCCCAAAGGCAAGAGAAACGCUUCCUGGAUUAUACACUUCUCCCGGUAAAGCGGGCUCAGUGUCCAGCAGCACAGCUGGCAGAGAAGACAUCCAGAGCGCCUGUGAUCCCCUCGAAGGAGAACAGGUGGAGAGUAGCACAAGGGAAGAACAAACUGACACGGCCACAUCUGACUUCACGUCGCAGCCAGAGUCCUUGCAGGAGACUUCCUCAAAACCCUCUGCUGCCCCCCCUCUGUUUGACACGGGCGUAGUCGUCUCACUGCAAGCAGAGCAGGUCGUUGAAACAGAAACAUCUCAUCCCUCCGACCAAGUUCCCAUAACAGAGACGCCACUGAUUGCUGAGCUUGUGCAUUCUGCUGACGCUCAAGAAAUAGUGGUUGUCAGGGAGGGGACCCACAUCAGCGGGGACUGGUCUAACAUGCGUCUGAAUCAGAGUUACCUCCUGCAACGAGAAGACGGCAGCGUCUGCGAGGCCGCCAUUGUUAACCAGCUGAGUUCUGAGCACACAUCUGGAGAACCAAAGCUGUAUGAAGAAGGUGUUCAGGCAGGUAUUGAGUUAGACUCUCAACCUGUAGAAGUGUAUGAGUUUUGCAGCUUAGUUGAAGAGGUUGCUGAGGAGACCGUCUGUGCCAGUAGUAGCGUACAGAUGCCUCACUCUCCAGAAUACGAGGUGAACUUAUUCAACGCUUUACUAGAAAACUCAGAGGAGUACACUGUCAAAGAGGACGUAGGAUCUAUUCACACAAUUAAUGAAAGUGGAACUGUCAUAAUUUCCCAGCAGCCCUUGCCUUUAUCACACGAUGCAAAUCAAAUACAGACUAACAAUAAUUCCCAUAAUUUGUCCGUACAAAACACAAGGGUAGCUGCUGUCGGACAGCAUUUGGUAUUGGACGCUAACCAAGCUGUUGAAUUGGCUAACUCAAGUGAGGUUUGCUUAGUUGAAGUAGCUGCUGUUACAGCUGACUCAUUCACUGUUGAACAGACAGACACUGGUGCACAGAUCGUGACAACUUGUUCACAUGUUAAUGCAGCAGUCAGUGACUCUCCUGUAAUUCAAACAGUUUCUCAAAAACAGGAAGCAGAAGCAACAACUGGUUUAUUAUCUCUCAUAUCCCCAGUGGUUACCAGUGAGGACGUGGGGAUGGAAUCGUCCGUUUCUGUUUCAGUGCACGUCGUAGAAAGUCAGCCCUCUCUAAAUCAGACCCCAGGAGUCACUGUUGUAAGUGCCACGAAGCCCGAGGCUUGUGUUUCUUCACACGAAGGGACCAAAGAAACCCCUGCUUUGUCAGAGACUCCAUCGCAGAAUGUUGCUGCGACCGCAGAAACCAAACCAGAGGCUUUCAUCACUCACACUUCUGGUAUUAUAAACCCAAAGCUGCUCCUCCUUAAACCGGGAGAGACUCCUCUCCUGAAACACCCACCCUCCCUUUUGGCACAGGUGUCCAAGCAACAGAAUGCAGCCGACAAGCUGGCCAAUGCCCACAGCUCUUGGUCUGGAACGGCUUCUGAGGAGAGCCUUCCCCAAACUGUUGCAGCAGCGGACUCUUUAUGCGCGUCUGUGGCUCUCAGCAGCCAGAAAGACCAGACGCAGCUCCCCGUCAAUAAAACUCCUGCACCAGCUCCUCCCGUCAAGGUGCAGCAGCCCACUAUGAGCAGCGCAGUUCACCAGGCUGCGUCUGUCACCCCCACAACCUCAACAAGCAAAUCUAACAACGAGGCCUUAACUGUUACUAAAACUUCAACGAGUGAAGCAGAUCCCGCGUCCCAAGAUGUCGCCACCCCACCCGCUACUCCUCACACCCUCGACAUGCUCGCAGCAUCGGCGUCUAAUGACCCCGUCAGCCAGCUUGACUCCCUCUACGCGGAGGAAGAGUGUGAAGAGAUGGAGCAGGACGAAGCAUUGGGAGAAACCGAGGCCACCUCAGGACAAGUCAGCAGCCCGGAGGAAGGCAGCGACGAAGAACCGGACGCAGACAAAACGGAAAGCGAGACCCCGAGCUCGUCGCAGAAGCAUGGACAGAGCAGGACAGACAGAAAGACACUGUUCCUAAAGGUACGCCAGUGGAUUGCAGACAGGGUGACAGUGAAUUCAUCUCCCGCCUCACCCUCCACCUCGUCCUCCUCCUACCCGGGUCCCUCGCCCGCCAGCGACUGGUCCACCCCGCGGCGGGAGAAGUCCUCACCUCUCCGGGGUCCUCACGGCAAGUUCGUGUCUCCUUCCUCUGUCAGCGGCUACAACUCCUCCUCUUCCCCGCCGGAUCAGUCUACUCCUCAGCGACCCCGCGGAGAACGUCACACCGACAUGGCGGAGCUGGCUAAACAUGAAGCAGACAUAGAGCAUCGAACCCAGGCACUGAAGCGAGAGGGCUUCUGGUCAAUGAAGCGUCUCACCCGCCUGACAGAGCCGCCGCGGCCGAAAGUUCACUGGGAUUACCUGUGUGAGGAGAUGCAGUGGCUCUCUGCGGACUUCGCCCAAGAGAGGCGGUGGAAGAGAGGAGUGGCUAGAAAGGUGGUACGAAUGGUGAUGCGACACCAUGAGGAGCUGAGGCAAAAAGAAGAAAAGGCAAAGAGAGACGAACACGCUAAAAUCAGGAGAGUCGCCUCCUCCAUUGCGAAGGAGGUCCGGGCUUUCUGGAGCAGCGUUGAGAAGGUGGUGCAGUACAAGCAGCAGUCUAGACUGGAGGAAAAGAGGAAGAAGGCUUUGGACCUUCAGCUGGACUUCAUCGUCGGACAGACGGAGAAAUACUCGGACCUCCUCAGUAAAUCGUUGGCGCCCACCAGACCGGCCGAAAAAGCCCCUUCGCCUCCUAAAACAUCUGUGGCACCACCCGUCGAUGAGGACGACAGAGACUUUGAGCCUCCAUGUGAGGAGGAGGAUGAUGAGGAGACCAUCGAGGUGGAGGAGCAGCAGGAGGGUAAUGACGCUGAGAGCCAUCGAAGGGAGAUUGAACUGCUGAAGGAGGAGGGCAUGCUGCCUCUGGACCAAUUACUGAGCACUCUCAAACUGCCUCAGGACUCCGGCUCAGACGAAGAAUGCUCUGAUGAAUCCUCUUCAUCGGUGGAGGAAGAAGAGGAAGAUGGUGAAUUCACUGCCAAUGAAGAGGAUGCUGAGGAUGAGGAGGACACCAUAGCAGCCCAGGAGAAGGUAGAAGGAAAUGUAGAUCAUGCAGAAGAACUGGAUGACUUAGCCAAAGAAGGAGAUAUGACUAUGGAGGAGCUGCUGGAGAAGUACAAAGGAGCGUACGCCUCAGACUUUGAGGAACCUUCUGCAUCCGGCUCCAAAGCCAGCUCUGACUCGGAGGUGUCUGGGGAUGAGGAGGUGGAGACUGAGGAAGAUGAGAGUGAUGUGGAAAGCAACACUUCCUCCUCAGAUUCGCCGGGAGACAGCGCAGAGGAGGAUGACAGCGAGAAGGAUGAAGAGGAGAGCGAGGAGGAAGAGGACAAUGACGACGACGACGACGACGACAACGGAGAUGAAGGGAUGGAGGUUUUGCUAAAGGAGGGAGACAACAGCCCUCCUUCCUCCAGUUCACGUCCAAAAAAGGAGAUCAGCCACAUCGCUGCUACUGCAGAGAGCCUGCAGCCGAAAGGCUACACUCUGGCUACGACGAAGGUCAAGACCCCCAUCCCGUUCCUGCUUCACGGCACGUUACGAGAAUACCAGCACAUCGGACUCGACUGGUUGGUUACCAUGUUCGAGAAAAAGCUUAAUGGGAUUCUGGCUGAUGAGAUGGGACUGGGCAAAACCAUCCAGACCAUCGCUCUGUUGGCUCAUCUCGCCUGUGAGAAAGGUAACUGGGGCCCUCACCUCAUCAUUGUCCCCACCAGUGUGAUGUUGAACUGGGAGAUGGAGCUGAAACGCUGGUGUCCUGGCUUUAAAAUCCUCACUUACUUCGGCAGCCAGAAGGAGAGAAAACUGAAGAGACAGGGCUGGACUAAGCCUAACGCGUUCCACGUUUGCAUCACUUCGUACAAGUUGGUGCUGCAGGAUCACCAGGCGUUCCGGCGCAAGUCUUGGCGGUACUUGAUCCUCGACGAGGCGCAAAACAUCAAGAACUUUAAGUCUCAACGCUGGCAGAGUCUCCUGAACUUCAACAGCCACAGGCGACUGCUGCUGACGGGAACGCCUCUGCAGAACAGCCUGAUGGAGCUGUGGUCUCUGAUGCACUUCCUCAUGCCCCACGUUUUCCAGUCGCACCGCGAGUUCAAAGAAUGGUUCUCCAACCCGCUGACGGGGAUGAUCGAGGGCAGCCAGGAGUACAACGAGGGCCUGGUGAAGAGGCUCCACAAGGUGCUGAGGCCGUUCCUGCUCAGGAGGAUCAAAGUUGACGUGGAGAAACAGAUGCCCAAGAAAUACGAACACGUGGUGCGCUGUCGCCUCUCCAAGAGACAACGGUUUCUCUACGACGACUUCAUGGCACAGGCCUCGACGCGGGAGACGCUGGCCAGCGGUCACUUCAUGUCUGUGAUUAACAUCCUAAUGCAGCUCCGCAAAGUGUGCAACCACCCCAACCUGUUUGACCCCCGACCCAUCCAGUCACCCUUCAUCACGCAGCCCAUCGUGUUCCACACGGCCUCCCUGGUGCAGGACGCUCUGGAGGUCUCCCCGCUCAAGCGCUGCGACCUGUCUAUGUUUGACCUUGUCGGUUUGGAGAGCCGCGUAUCUCGGUACCAGGCAGAUAUCUUCCUGCCACGCCACAAGGUCAGCCGCCAACUAAUCCAGGAGAUCGUGGAAUCCCCCGAACCACCUCCGAGACCCAAACCAGUCCGCAUGAAGGUCAACAGGAUGUUCCAGCCUCCUCCUAAAAGUGACAAUCGACCGGUCCUGCUGAUGAACAAACCCACCUGCUCCGUGCCGCCUGCAGCUCAGACCCCCAAACCUCCUCCAGCCACCGAAACCACAUCAACUCCUGCACCUGCUCCUGUAGUUCAACAAGUCGUGUGUUCAGUGGCGUCCGCGCCCGCUCCCCGCCCCCCCAUGCAUCCUACAGCUCAGACUGCGGUGAGAUCCAGCGCUCCCAAACCCGUGUUGACCGUACGGCCUCCCACCGCUCCCUGCGCAGCCAGCGUCCCGGCUCAUCCGAGUCCGAACCCGAGCAGCGUCAUGCCCCAGAGGGUUCUGCUCAGCCCGGAUAUGCAGGCUAGGCUGCCUUCUGGCGAGGUAGUGAGCAUUGCGCAGCUUGCCUCCUUGGCAGGCCGACCGGUGUCGUCAUGUCAGGGCAGUAAACCAGUCACCUUCCAGCUUCAGGGCAACAAGCUGACUCUGUCUGGAGCCCAGAUCCACCAAGUCCCAGCAGCUCCUGCACGCCCAGUUCAAGGUAACGUGAUGCACCUGGUGUCCAGCGGGGUGCAGCAUCACCUCAUCAGCCAGCCCACCCAGGUGGCCGUCCAGGGCGCCGCCAACACGCACGCUGCGAACACCGCCUCCGCUAGUCCUGCUGGAAAUCGGCUGCCUCACAAUGCGUCUGCGCAAGUGCCCUCCUCCAUGGUGAGCAGCCCCGGGGUCGUGAAGAUCGUUGUGCGUCAGUCAACAGGCAAGGAGGGCGGGCCCGUGCCCACUCUGGCGGUGGCCCCUUCCCCUCGUGUUGCUCCUCAGGCAUCCCCUUCCCUGCACACCCCUGUCAGAAACACUGCUCCACUGCAAAUCGCCCAGCGCACCCCCGGUCCUGCUACCGCCACCUACACUAUAGCACCUCCCAGAAUCCCCAGCACCACCCCAAACCAGCCCCAACCCCCUCGUCCUGUCCUCAAAGUAGUGCAGCCUCCUCCAUCAAGCGCAGAGCAGCCAGCUCCAGCUCAGGUGACGACCUCGUCUUCUGCGUCCAAGUCUGCACCACGUGACGGCAGCGGAGGUCCUACACCGGCUACGACAAAGUCGAGGUCCAGUACAGGCGCAAAAGCCUACCCUCCACCCAGGAAAGUGCCUCGUCCGCCUCCUCGCUCUCCUUUCUAUGUGUCCUGGCUGGCAGAUAGCCAGAAGCAGCAGCGCGACAGCAAACUGGACUUCAUCUUUCGAGUCAACGAGCACCACUGUGGCGCCAAGCCCGUUUACGGCAAAGAGGUUUUAGACUUCCUGACUUUUCUGCCCGGUCCCCGUCCCUCACCGGCCGCCCUGAGCCCUCAGGGCGAGUGGGGCCGAUCGGGCCACAGCAGCUGUCUGUUCUCGCAGUGGCAAAACAAGUACGACCACUGGUUUCAGAGUCGCUCUGUGAGAGACGCCAUCAACAGUAUUGAGGAGAGACUGGAGCUGCUCAGUGACAUUAUUGACAGGUUUACAUUCGCGAUUCCCCCGGUGGAGGCUCCUCCGAUCUCCAUGCACUGCUGCCAUCCUCCUCCCUCUCUGAGCCACAAGCAGGCCGUGUUCUCCUCGAUGCUCGCGACUCAACUCACCCCGUUUACCGGCAGUCUCCACCGCAUCCAGUGUUACAUGAGGACCCAGUUCCCAGACCUGAGGCUCAUACAGUACGACUGUGGUAAGCUGCAGACACUCCACACUUUGCUGCGAAAGCUGAAGACGGGAGGCCACAGAGUUUUGAUCUUCACUCAGAUGACGCGCAUGUUAGAUGUGCUGGAGCAGUUCCUCAACUACCACGGACACAUCUACCUCCGCCUGGAUGGCAGCACUCGUGUGGAGCAAAGACAGGCCCUCAUGGAGCGCUUCAACGCAGAUCGACGAAUCUUCUGCUUCAUUCUGUCGACUCGCAGCGGAGGCGUCGGGGUGAACCUGACCGGGGCCGACACAGUCGUAUUCUAUGACAGCGACUGGAACCCCACCAUGGACGCACAGGCGCAGGACCGUUGCCACCGUAUCGGCCAGACUCGAGACGUCCACAUCUACAGGCUGAUCAGCGAACGCACAGUGGAGGAGAACAUUUUAAAGAAAGCCAACCAGAAGAGGAUGCUGGGAGAUAUGGCGAUCGAAGGAGGAAACUUUACCACGGCCUUCUUCAAACAGCAAACCAUCCGAGAGCUGUUUGAUAUGAAUGACGGGGAGAAGAGAGAGAUGGCGGUGGAGCUAUCGGUGCCCCACGCUGAGGAGGAGGAAGCCGUCAACAAACAGAGCACCACGAUUCUGGAGCAGGCUCUGUGUCGUGCGGAGGAUGAGGAGGACAUCGUAGCAGCUUCUCAGGCCAAAGCAGAGCAGGUGGCAGAGCUGGCGGAGUUCAACGAGAACAUACCGCUGGACGACGGAGGGGAACAGGAGGAAGUGGAGGAGCUCUCCAAGGCCGAGCAGGAGAUAGCUGCUCUGGUUGAGCAGCUCACUCCCAUUGAACGCUACGCCAUGAACUUCCUGGAAGCCUCGUUAGAAGAUGUGUGCAAAGAAGAGUUGAAACAAGCUGAGGAACAGGUGGAGGCUGCCAGGAAGGGUCUGGACCAGGCCAAGGAGGAGGGCCUCAAGCUUCACGCUUCUUCUGAUGACGACGACGAUGACUUCUUGUCAUCACCGGCUUCUGCAGAGCCUGCUCAGCCAGCUCCCGCCCGCCGUGGCCGUAAACCCAAGGACAAAGACAAGGUUGUCACCUCCACAAGGGUCAGCGGCCGACUGCGUGGAGCCUCGCCCGAAACCGAGCCUGAGCCCACUACACCGAAAGAAGUGCCUGAAAGACCCCGCUCUGGUCUUAGAGUACGAGGAGCUGCCAAAGACACCGCUACCGUGUCUACCACCCCGUCCCGUACAGAUCAUCACAAAACCUCGUCAUCAGCGAAGCUCCAAGAUUCCUCCAAAUCUUCAAAAGCCUCAUCUCCUGCCAGAGAUCACCAGACCACCAAAACCAGGACGCCACCAAACCGCUCCCAUCCCAGUCCAGUGCCUUCCCCUCCUACAACCUCUCCCCCAGGAGGGAAACAACAGUGUGUUGGGGAGACGGAGAGCAAGAACUCUAAAGCCGGCAGAGAGGAGAAGGAGGGGGAGUCUGCGAAUGAGAGGAGGGUGUCUGAGUCAUCGCUGGAAUCCAGCGGCCCAGCGGACCAUCAGGCAAAAGACGAUGACAGCAAAGACCAAAGUGCCAUGUCUCCCCCUUCCACCAGCUCCCGAUCGCCUCGCAAGCGUCAGUCAGCAGACGGUGAAGUCCUGCGGGGUCUGGUCGAAGACUCUCCAUCGGCCAAAGUCCUGCGGAAGCUCCCAGGGAGGCUGGUCACAGUGGUCGAGGAUAAGGAGCCAAGAAGGCGGAGGAGGCGAGGAAGUGGCACUGGAGGUGGAGGUUCUUCAGAGGAGGCGACAGUGGAGGAGAACGCUGCAGUAUUUGUCAACGAACCAAACAAAGACAACACGUCACCAAGCCCUGACAACAAACCUAAAGAGACUGUUACCAAAUCUCCUCAGGACCAAGACUCUACCCCGAGUCCGUCUGUACACUCGCAGCCUGUCAGAAGUUAUCCCCCAUAUUCCCCACCACAUCUUUCACCUGACAUGCCCGUGCUGAGAAAUCUUCCUGUACGGCGCAGGUUGGAGACUGAAUCUCGCAUGGCUGCUCAGCUGGGAGAGCAGCAGCUGCAUCUGGGUAGAGGAAGAGGAGGGAACCAGCCCAGGAAAACAGACACACCACCAGGCAAAGACGCCUCUUCCACCUCUACAGAGUCCAGUGUGAAUUCCUUUGCAACACCCUUGAAAAGAAAGAGGGGCCGGCCCCCUAAAACUCCCCCUAGAUUAUCUGAGCCUGACAGCACAGCAACUGCCUCCCCACAACCCACCUCGCCGAACGAGGAAGGGAACCCCCCUCUCUCCCCAAAACGUAAGCGGGGUCGUCCCCGCAAAGACUCAACAACCAUGCCAGACGCUGUUUGUGAAGGACAGAACUCUAAAAAAGAGAUCAUCACUGCUGACAUAUCUGGUAUAUCAAAAACUGAUGCUAGCACAGAGCCAACAGUCCCGUCUCCCCACCAGUCAGAGACCCCUAUAGCUGCUGUCGUCAGUUCAGGUCAGGCCUCCCAGUCUCCCAAAGCUGACGAAACGGACACUAAGACUGAGGUUUCAGCCCCAAACCCAGUUCAAGACUCCACAAUACAAGCAGAUCACACUUCCACCCCAGACUCAGCUUCAGUCCAAGCACUCACUGCACCUUUAGCCCAGGUGACCUCAACCCUUCCUGUGUCCACACCAGCCCCAGCUCAUGUUAGUUCAGCUCCAGACCCAGACACACUAUCAACCCAGGUUUCUUCCGCAUCCUCUGUCACACACCCAGUCACUGGAACCCCCACUACCACAGCUCCAUCGCCACCUGCCAGCACUGUCUCUUCAACUCUUGCAGGUGUAAAACCGACACUUGUGGUUUCCACGGCUUCUAAAGCUCCUGUAGAGCCAAAACCUUCAGUUUCUACAACUGUGAAGACAACAGGACCAGACUCUGCCAAAACCAUCUCAGUUGCCACAUCAGCUGCUACCACGACAUCCAAUGUGUCGUCUGCCACAGCUGUCGAAGAAGUUCCAACAUCAGUCCCUGCCACAGCGAUCGCGACACCUACCACCAUAAUAUCAAAAACAGAAAGCGCUACACCAGCAGUCACCACUACAGUGAAAGCAGUCACAACAUCUAAAACUACUGCAGUAAAGGACUUGCCGCAAGCCUCUACUCUGCCACCUGCAACAUCUACCCCAGAUACUGUAACAUCCGCCCCAGCUGCCUCCCAGGUUUCAGCUACGUCAUCAAGCUCAGCUACAGCUUCACCAAAACCAACCUCAACGUCUCCCCCCACUACAGCAACAACUACAACAACUCCGGUAACAACAGUUCAAGCAGAUCCAUCAAAAUCUACAACAUCUAUGAUAACGCCAUUAAAAACGGUGCAAGCAAACUCAAACACCAAUACGAUCCCAACCAUGUCUGACAAUGCUGCUACAUCACCGCCAGUGACGACAGUCGCAGCAUCUGCUGUAAAUACAGCUCCAACUCCACAAACCCAAGUAAGGACUAAUGUAACAACUACCAAAGUCCCGAGCAAACCAGUGUCAACCUCACCAACAACAACAACAGUUCAAGUGGCUGCACAGGUAACAACCGUUCCAGUUGCACCUACUCCAAUCUGUACUCCAUCCCCAGCAACAGCGUCUCCUAGUGUAACAGCCACAGCACCAGCAAAGACAGUUGCGGUACCUACGUCACUCCCAACAGAAGGAGUCAAAGUAACGCCUUUAGCGGAAGCCCCUUCUAAAGAACUCACUUCUACAACACCUGCCGCAACUGUAGAAAAGACUGUCAAGAUACCACCACCAGUAUCAACUUCCACAGGUGCUACACCACCUCCAUUCACAACGGUCACCACAACUACAUCAUCCCCAGAAGAGGCCAUAACAGUUACUACCACAAAUGUUCUCACAACCGCCCCAGUGUCUACUACCACAGCCGCUCCUGUGUCUGUAGCAACGGUAGCAGAAACCACAGCUGUCUCUACAAUUAAAACAGUUCCUCUUGUGACCACCACCCCAACCCCUGCAGUCACUUCACCACAAGAACAAAACUCUGCGUCCACAGGUGUUCCCCCAGAGGUGUCUACAACAGCUCAGACAGAGACCCUCCCCCAGGUACCUUCAUCUGCUUCUUCUAGUGUUUCAUCAGAGAAACAAUCUCUAGAGCCAACACAGAAAGCGUCUGCAUCUAAUAUAAGUGACCCAGACAGGGUGACAGAAAUGGAAGUCGAUGCUGUGGAGGCUGAAGGGAAGACUAGCAAGGAGGAGGAUGAGGAAAAGCAUGACAUCUGCAAGUCUCAGCCUAAAAAGAGAAGAGUGGAGAGUCCCUCUGAGACCAAAGACUUUGAGACAGGAGGGGAAGGAGCAGAGGAAGAAGCAAAAACUGCAACUGCCCCUCAGAAAGAUGAACCUAAGCAACAGGCAGUGGAGCAAACAACUCAAGAUCAGAAAACUCCCAUUCAGAAAAGGCCUCUCAGUCGGCAGAGUAGCCAGGAGUCCACUCGCUCCUCUUCGCCAUCCUCUGGGUGCUCGACAUCGACCCUCACUCGUCAUGCUCACCACAAGAGGACGUAUGAGAACAGACAUCCUGCUAAGAGGAGGCGAACAGAUGUCACCUCAGAGGAAGGGAAGGAGGAGAACAAGGAAGAGGGAGGGGACACAAAAGAGGAAGGCAGUGAGAAGGAGCUCUCCUCUGCUACCUCUCGGAGAAGACGUUCCAGGUCUUCUUCUUCCUCCUCCGACUCCGACAGCGAGAGCAGGAAGGAGCACCGGUUGACUCGCUCAGCCAAACGCAGGCUACAAGACCAAGAGAAGGAAAAGGGCAACAGCCGGCAAGGAAAGAAACCUGCACACAGCUCUGAUAGAAACGCAUCAAACAACGCCAACACGUCCACGGGCGGAGAGUCUGGCAGCGAUACAUCUUCUGUUAGGACCACCAGGAAGUCCACAGGGUCUCAGCCAUCACAAGACAGUAAAGCUCAGACAAACAGCGCGCCCUCAUUGCCUCCUGAGCCUGAAGUUCUGGGGAAGAGGUGCUCGGCACUCAACGCAGCCGCCAAGCUCCUAGCAAUGAAAGGCAGGGUGGACACCCCCGGCCACACCACUCGGAGAGACUCGGGGGCAAAGGCCCCUGGGACUUGCUCUGCCUCCUCUUCGGACAAGAACCAAAAGCCUAAAAGCAAAAGUGUACCAGCCUCUCCUCAGAAUAACUCUGUAAAUCUUACUAAUAAUAAAAACAAUGGCAGUAAACCAUCAACACCCAAUCAGUCGAGCCGCUCUGCUUCCCGCUCCACCAGACAGUGCCCCGGUUCGCUUGUGCCCCCCUUGGAAAUUGAGUACAAGAGGUCUAAACCAGAGGAAAAGGAGAAGGGGAGUCGGAAGUCUUCAAGGGGAAAGGAAGGCGACGGAGAUGCGCAGUCUUCAUCCCGGGGCCACAGCGCCUGCAGCAGCAUGAGCAGCGACGGCGAGGGCGACGGCGGCGGACGCAGCAGCAGGAGUCGCAGCAGCAGCAACAGCAGCCAGCGGACCCACAGCAUCAGCUCUCAGAACACGGAGCACAGAGAGUCCCGCUCCCGCGCCACCUCCUCCGGCAGCGAGCGCGACCGCAGCUCGGAGCGGGGAAAGAGCAGAGACAAAAGGGAGAAGCAGAGCCAACGAAGGGAGAGCCGGACGGACAGCAGGAGGUCUCAACGGCUCUCUCAGGAGGUAACCAGCAGUUCAGGAACUGAGGGGACACCAGACAGGGUGCUGCGUAGCGUCGCAGCGCUCGCAGCGGUGCAGGCGAGGUCGCCGGCAGCAAGCACCCGCUCCUCCUCUGGUCAACAUCGUCACAACAAGACAUGAUCGGAGUGCCAAAGGGAAAAAAAAACGGAAGCGAGAGUGUUGUCGCAGAGCACAUUAAAAGAGCACGUCAUGACCUCCAAGGUUGCUGCUUUGUCUGCACUCUAACGAAUGCAAGGGAACUGAGUGCUGCACAAGCCAGGGACCUCCUCCCUGCCUCUUGGGGCCCUCUCCCUUUCCAAUUGGAGCUGGUCCCCUCACCAGCUCAGCCAUUGUCAGCUGGGGGAAGGCUCAGGGAUGCUGGACUGAAGAGUAAAAAACAGCGGCGCCAUGGUAGUGCGUCCGUAAACAGACAGAAAGAUGGUAUAGUGGAUAAAUUCACCACUGAGACUGAGGGGGGACAAAGGUGCAAGAGGUAAUAAAAGCAAGUUGUUAGUUCACAUUAUGUACUGUAAUCAUUUAAAGACUGGAUUAAGAUGGGAUUAUACAGCGCCCUCUAUAAGGGUUAUAAAUGAAAACGUCAUUUGUGUGACAGUAACUUUUGAGUGACCAGCUGUAUUGUAAGUUGGAGGUUUUAGAAAGUUUGGUUUUGAAGAUUUCGUCAGCUGUCCUGACUAUUGUUUCUUUGUAGUCAGUUGAUAAGUUAUGCAUAUUUUAUGAUUUCUUCCAGGGUAUUUAGGAAGAGAACAGAUCUGUCAAUGUGAUCUUUGCUGCACUAUGCUGGAGCUUGUCUUUGCUUGGGCCCCUUUUUUUCAUGUCAAACGUUUCUGUUCAUUGGAUUCAUUUUAAAUCCAGCCUUGUAUUUUCUCUCAUUUGCACAUCUGAUAAUGUGGCCCUCGGCUUAUUUGAGUACAUUGUGGUGUAGUAAUACGUUUUUACAUCAACUUCAGUCAAUUAAUUGGUUUCCUGUUACCUCACAAUGUAUCUCUACAGUUCAGAAAUGUAUUAAUUUAAGUAGUAAACUGUCUCGGAAGACGUUACAUCUUUCUCUCACUGACACCACAGACACGAGAGCAGCAAAAAUCAAAUUUCUUUUUUCCUAAUCUUCCCAAAGGCAGUUAAUGUUGCGGUCCACUUUGUCAUGUAUUUAUAUUAAAAGGGCAAGUAAAUGUUAUUGAUAUUAAGAGUGCCUCUUUGGCCAAAUGGGUUUGUACCUUAGAUUGCCUUGUGAAGCACCUGGAGCAGGGGUGUUGAGCUUCUCUCGUUUAAAAAGCCAAACGGAAAAAAAACAAACAACAAAAAAACAAAAAAAAAGAAAGAAAAUCUCCGGAAAACAUCAAGGAAAAAGCACCCUGUGCGUUAGUGCUACCAAAUUAAUGUUUUAUUUUUCACCUGAAUUUUUGUCACCAUCACUUCAUUGCUCUUCGUUCCUGUAAUAAAAAUAUUUAAAAAAAAAGAAAAAAAAAUACUUGGACAAAAUAUGUGAAUAAAAUUACUGGUACAGUUCCACAUGACUGUAAAUUGUCGAUUUACUUUUGGAGCAAAGGUGAUAUUUGAGGGGGAUGGGUAGUUUAUGGUGAUGGUCUUAUUUUUUUUUUUUUUGAUUUGUCUCUUUAUUUGUUGCAUUCCUUUGAUCCCUUGUAAUUCCACAUUGUUUUACUUGAAAAGUUAAGACAAUUACAGUUGAAUAAAAAGACCAAAAAUUAGUUGCCAUUUUUCUCAUUGUGUUGUAGAUUUUGUUACGCUUAUGGUUGAAUUACAGGUUUGUGUCAUAAAGAACUAAAUGUAAAAUAUUUCCACUGGUUUUCUACAGAAAUACUAAAUCUAAAUUCUCUCUGUAAUAGUUAAUCUGUGAUUUAAAAGCUUUCAAUUAAUGAUACGAGACAAACAGGAUAAUGGAACAUGGCAGUUUUAUUUUAAAAACAAAUCUACAUUAAAAUGAGUGAUGCAAGUUCAACAGCCAUAAUAUUACACAGUAGCGAAGUCGCUGCUCCGCACGUCUUUCUCUGCAGACGGGCGACGCUUCUGCUUCCGAAUGCGGCGAGACGUUCUUUAAAAUGUACACUUUUGGUUCAUUUUUCUUCACAGAUUUGUCAUAUUGCCUGUUCAUCUCCUUUGAUGGGUGUUUACACAUUACUGAUGCGGGAUUUUCCCACUGAAGUCCACAGAAAAUACUAAACUAUAGCGACGAUAAAUGGAAACAUGGUGCACUCUGACGAACCGGUGAAGAAAAAUAAGACAGAUUGAGGUCUUAAGGUCUAAUGGGGGUCGUAUAGGCAUCAGGAUAAACCAAGGUGAAGUCAAAUGUAUAUUUAUAUAUAUAUAUAUAAAAAAAAAAGAAUAAAAACUCCCUCCAUCCCUUCUUGACAACGUUAGUGCACAACAUUCUCACCUUGAGCUGUUCACAUGGACAUAAAGGAGAAGGCACAGUUUAGAAAACUCUUUCAUUAUGUGUUGUUGCAGAACUUUUCUGGUAGCAGCUUACACAACAAUGUUCAAAUCAUAAAUACAAAACCGGUAGGAUAAAGUAAGAGAGGCCUUGGGCCUGUUGAUGCAGUGCUGAGACGCUUUUGUAAAAUUCAAAAGAUUUAAAAAAAAAAAAAAGAAAAAGAAAG